AUGGCUCAACUGAUCUCGACCGACGAAUUGGAAAAUCUGGAGUCCGUAGACGACUUACGUGAUUGGGUCUCGCUACUGGACGCCGCAUGGGAGGCUGUGAAUACCAUGCUGGGGACCGCCCCGCACCUUCGCGUGCUGGCAUUUAUGCCCUCGGCUGCUAUUCGAGAGGCCGUUACCGCUGCGCGGGUGCCUGUCCCUGCCGCUGGCGUCGCAGGCGAACCUGACUACGUCGCCGCCACCACCCGAGCUUUGACGGCAGUGGAAUGCACCCAGGUGGGACUCAUGUUUCAACUGGCGCAGCUAAAACUUGGGCGACCGGCAUCUGACCCUCUUACCCCGCCGCUGCCCCCGGCACCGGCAGGAGGGGGAGCACCACCGAACCUCCCGGGUGUCCACCCCCAACCACCGGUGGGAGGGGCCACCAGGAAGGUUAAGAACAACCAGAUCUUAGAUCAGACGGACGAGGCGGAGAUCCCCGAGUUGGGACAGGCGGACAUUGAUCUGCACUUCAAAGCCCUCGAGCGCAUCAAGGGCGGGCCAGUGCGCCCUGAGGCAGAACCGUCCCCUGACCAGAUCUCCGCCAUGAAGGUCCGAGUCUUGCAGCUGGACAUGGCGCCAUAUGCAGACUUCGGACUCUUCGUUUCCCAUCAAAGGAGAUUUUUGAAGACUUUGAAAUUCCUGAACCACCUGUUGCAACCCGACGGAACCUUCAGAGCAGUGGAAGUACCAGGACCGCCGUCGUACGACGACUGGGAAUCGUCCUGGCAGGUGUUCGCAAACACUCUCCUAACGCUCGAGGUCGGUACCGGCCCGGACGCACUCCCGGUCGCAUCCUUGUCUGCCUUAGACGAAUACAAGGACGCUUUUCGUGACCUGGUACGGAACUAUGGUGAAUCCUGGCAUUUGUGCGUCACGGCCGAGGACAGGUGCCGAGGUGAACAUUUUGCUCGCCUCAGGAGGAAACUGGAAGAGCAGUAUCAGAAAGGUUUGGCCCCGAGCUACGACCCUCACAGGACCAAGGACGCCCAGUCAAAGAAACCUCGCCCGUCCCAGAAAGAACGCUUGAAGAGACAACUGGCGAAAUUCAGCCACGAACCCCCGGUCGGGCAUCAGCCGCGGCGCGGCCAACAAGAGGCUGCGGCCGGCAAUCCGAAGCCACCGCUCUCCGAGCAGGAGGAAGGAUAUUUCAGAACAGGGCGCUACCUGAAUAAGUUGGUCAGAGACGAGCUUGACCACCGUCACAGAGACGAGAGCCAGGCCACAGGCGAGCUCAGCGCCAAAGAAAGAAAAGAUCAAGAAGACGAGGCCUGUAUCGGAGGAAUGAGGAACCCGCGCAAAGCAGUGGCGAAGCUUCCCCGCUGGCAGACCUGGGGGGAGAAGGCCGCCCAGGCCAUCGACCGGACCAUAUCAGAAGAUCCGAGGGUCCUGGAGUUAGCGCAGGAGAUGGCGCAGGGCAUGAGCAAGGAACAAGUAGCGAAGGCGCAAGCCCUGCUCGAAAGGCUGGGCGCAAAGAGCGCCGCCGAAAUCGCACAGAUAACCAACACCACAGACUGGAUGGAAGUCGGUGUGACCAAAUGGCGGUGGCGCCUUAUGAAAGCCGUGGGUGAGGCGACCGCGGGCCCGGACCCAGACGUCCCGGAAUGGUUCGGGAAAGGAACCCCGCUUGGCAUCAACGAACCCAUCACGAGCAGGGGCAUCUAUCCGCUGGCACCGCCGACAAAAGCGCAAAUGGAGAGUGCCGAGUACCUCGCGCAGUUGGGAAGUCACGCGGAGGUGGACCGAAAUUACGCCUCCUUUCACCAGCACAUCCAAGAAUCUGCGGAGGAGCUGGACAGGUUGCUGACCGAGGGCCACAUAGAAAGGAUCGGCAGCUGGACCGACGUCAAGAGCAGGUGGCCUGACGCCAGAGCCACGAAACUGGCCACGCUGGUGAAAGCUCGCCCGGACGGAAGUGUCAAAACUCGUUUUAUUGCUGAUAUGCUUCGUUCAGAAGUGAACGGGCUAUCGCAGGCCGGGGAACGCAUCGUUCUACCAAGGGGCUGCGAUCUAGUGAGGGACAUCUUGGACCUACAAGAAUUAGGGCCCGGAUCACUAGAGUUGUUCACUGCUGAUGUCAGCGACGCAUUCCUAAACCUGCCAGUGAUGGAGUCCGAACGUGGCUACACCAUCAUCAAACUUUCAGAUGGAACGUACGCAUCCUAUCGGGGGGUACCGUUCGGAUUGGCCUCGGCACCACUCUUAUGGGGCCAAGCAGCCGCGUGGAUAGCCCGCGCCACGCAGGCAAUACACGACCCCAGGUUGUUCCGUCUCCAACUGUAUGUCGAUGAUCCCAUAGCAGUGGUUAAAGGAAUAGGCCGCCGCAUUAAGUGGAUAGGGGCCACGUUCAGCAUCAUCACGGGUGGCGUCCAAGUGUCCAUUGACGAGGAACGCAUCCAGAAGCUGCUUGUGACCGUAUCUGAGGCCCUACAGAGUGACGGCCUGGUCAAAGGAGUCAGGAACCUGGCAGGUGAAUUGAGCUGGGUGGCGGGAAUCAUCCCGACAAUCCGGCCCUUUGUCAACAUGCUGUGGGCCGCUGUCUACGGAAUGGACAAACAGCAGGAGGCAGUCAAGACCUGCAAAUCGAAGGCGCGCUUACGACCGGAUGGGUCGGUGUUCGCCAAGACAAUUCGGCUCCCACUAACGUGGAUGAAACAGUUCCUCUUGGGACACCACGGCGGGCUACAGCGCACCAGACUACUCACCGACCGCUGGACACGGCCGCAAUGGGUCAUUCGCACAGACGCGUCAACCACCGGCCUCGGUGGAAUCCUGUUGGACGCAUACAACAGGCCCGUGGUCUGGCUGGCCAGCCCCAUCCCGCAAUGGGCCCUAGAAGCUUUGGGCAUCGUUGCGGGAGAACCCGGGCUAAUGACGGUGUACGAAUUGUUAGCCCUGCUGAUCUCGAUGCACAUAUGGAAACGAUAUCUAAGGAGGUGCAGGAUAGGCAUCCUGGUACAAUUGGACAACGAAGCAGCCAUCCGGAUUGCGGUCAAAAUGGCAUCCCCGCACCCGAAAGCAAACCGCCUGGCCGCAGAGAUUGCACUUCUGCUGGAAGAAACCGGCGCCGAGACCGUCAGCGGGCAGCAUUGGCGAAACGAAAUUAAUAUUGAAGCCGAUGCAUUGUCCAGGCUGACGGAAGGAAAAGAAAUCCCGCUCCGACUACGCCCACUGCCGCGGGAGCCUGUCCCCACCGUCUCCAUCUUCAAGCUGGCCGUCGGACUCACUGCGGCCGCCGCCGCCAUCGCUGCCAAGAGCCGAAUUCUCCGACCGGGCGGCUCGCGACACCGUCAGGGAGGGGCAGAGCAAGCCGCCCCCUCUAGACAGGAGGGCACGAAGUGCCGAAACAAAUUGCCGACAGAGAGCAGCUGCGGCAGGACCCAUCUCCCUGCAAGGGACACCGGCCGGGCCAACAAACACGCCUAUGGGCCCGGAGAGAUGGAUGAAAACGAGAACGUGGCCGCCCCCGCCGGGGUAUGGAAUAUAAGCACGUUAAGCAGCCUACAGGGAUGGCGAAAAUACGUGCACCGACAUGGCGAGUCUGGAGAAGGUACAGGGGCGUGUAAGAAAGAGCCCGCAGAAGACUCGUGCAAGGAAACACCACCGGCAGGUACGGGAGGAGGGCAGGAUGGUUCGCCGCCGGACCAACACGGCAAAGACGGUCCGGCAGGACAGAAGCCGCGUGAGCAGGAAAGUGUGCCACUUAACAUGGCACCCGCAUGUUGCGGAUGCGUGAAGAAUGGCAUACGUUAUGUGCAAGUGCUGCGCAGACUGCGCAUAGCGAAGAGGGGUCGAGGCCCGGCAAAGGGGAAGGCCCCCAUUCCGAUUCCACAUCUAGGGCAGUGGGACUUCCGGCCCCUGAUGACUGGGAUCUGGUUCCUCCUACGGAUCUCAGAACUGAAGGCCCUGAACGUGGCCGACGUGAAGGUCCGAUGGGGACCGCGCCAGCGUUGGCAGCUGGCGCUGGAAGUGGCCAGCUCCAAGACGGACCAGCAGGGCCAAGGGGCGACAGUGGCGCGGGACUGCGUCUGCCCCAGCGAGCGCCAGUCGGAGUACUGCCCAGUACACCUGCUAUGGGAGCACUCCCUGGCCAGGAAAGAACGGCUGCGCACCACGGGCGUGGUCAACGGCAGCGCCCCGCUGUUCACAGACGAGAUGGGGCACCGGAUCACGGAGGCCAGGAUCCAGGCAGCGGUGGAAAGGGUGGCCGCUGCGGCAGGAGAACCUCUGGAGACCCAGGGAUCCCCGCGGUUCGGAACGCACAGCCUCAGGGUGACCGGGGCACUGUGGGCAUUCCAAUCUGGAGUGAGUGAAGAAACCGUGCGGGCCCUGGGUCGAUGGAGCAGCACCAGUGCCAUGCUGGUGUAUCUGCGGGAUACGCCGCUGGUCCGGGCCGCGGGGCGCCUCGGCGGCGAUGGCCGCCUCCAUCGAGGCAGGACACACCGGAAACCUGAUGAGCACGAACUUCAGGCCGGUGAUCGGGAUGGAGGACGCAAGGCCCGAGCUGGACACGGACGCGGACAAAGCCCGCUCAGGGCAGUUGCUGACCGUCAGGCAUGGGCUGACUGGGAUCCUCCACCGACCGACGCAGAUGCAGGGACCGCCGAACACCUGGACAACCCGGCACGGCCGGAGCGUUCGUUGCCGCCGGAAGCGAACUAUGCCACAGGUGCUUCAGAGCAGCGUGACCGACCUCCAAGCCGCGGCAAGGAUGCCAAAAAGGGACGAGAAGACAGCAGCGUGAACGAUCGCUGUCGACCUCGCAGCACCGGGAUAGAAAAAGUAAUCUUGCUCUGCUGCCCGUGGGUGGAUGGGCGGGGGCAGCAGUUG